AGGGUUUGUAUACAUGAACCAGUAUGGCGCGACUUCGAUAACCGAUCAUUUCUGAUUUCAUCCUCCGUCGACCCUUAGCAUUGCACGAGAAAACCCUAGUUUUCUACGAUGGUGAACUGGAGGAUUAGGCAAGAAUGGGAGGAAUACGAUCUCCAAAGCUCAUACGCUGACAAUCCAUGUAUGUUCUCGAUACGAUUGAACUAUGGUGGAGUUUUUACGAAGUUUCCAGGCCGCAAAUACAUAAAGGGGAAGAUGAAAUAUAUUGAUGGCAUUGAUAGUGACUUGUUCUCGGUGCAUGAUAUGGACGAGAUAAUGGAAUUGCUUGGUUGUGUGGAACCAGGUAAAAGUAUUUAUUAUCAUUUCAAACGACCAACCUGGGAUUUAGAUUUUGGGUUAUAUGCUUUGGGUUGUGACGAAGAUAUAAACCACUUUAGGUCAUACGUGUAUGAACACAAGGUGAUAGAAGUGUAUACAGAGUUUUGGGAAACCAAGCUCCAUACGUAUCAAAUGUCCCCAAACCCUGCAAAGAUAAAGAUACACGAAAUUCCUGAGUCCCUUUGUCGUAAAAGCUUGUUAUUGACAUGGUCAAAUUCAGGGGAUUGUCCUAGUGAAGAAGCCCCUGUUUUUGAGAAUGUAGAAACUAUGGACGAACCCCCUAGUACAUUACUUGAAACAACCUUGGAACAACCCCUUGUUACAUUGAGUGAAACAGUUGAGUCAACCCCUGCCUAUAUACCAAGAAUUGAAAGCCCUUUGACUGAACCAAUGAUAGGAAGCACAUGUCCUAAUGUUGAUGGUUGGGAUGAUACAUUUGAAUGGUGUGGGACUCCUAUGGAACAAGAUGAACCAAAUAGUGAAAAAGCAGGUGAAGACAGUCAAGCUAGUAAAGACAGUCAUGAUAGUGAUGACACUGAAGAUAGUGAAUACAGUCAAGAUAGCGAUUACAUAGUUGAUGAAGAUAAUUUGUUAGAUGAUCCAGAGGUUGAUAUGAAGAACUUUCACCUCAACAUUGACAAAGAGGUGGAGUGGGUUGGAAGUUUUCCUGAUGAUCGAGAUGAAGCAGUAGAAGGUGAUGAAGAAUUAGAGGUUAUAAACACUGAAGAAUUUGUAUCUGCAUCUUCAUCAGAUGAGGGUGAAGCUAGUAAAAAAAGGAAGAAGAUAAGAGAUUUACGAAGAGCACAUAAGAAUGAAGCAGCUGCUAUCAAAGAUCCAUUUUACAUCCACCAGACUUUUAGCACAGCCAAGGAAGUUAAGCAACAAAUUUAUCUUCAUUCCAUACAGAGUAGAAGGGAGUUAGACUUCGUCAAGAAUGACAAAAAUAGGAUUAGAGUGGUUUGCAAAGGGACAAUACCAAACCUUGGGAUAUUAGAAACAGGUGGGACCAGCAAAAGUAAUGACAAAGUGGGACCAAGUCAAAAGAAAAAGAAAGUGAAAGAUGGUUCUGUUCAUAAAUGCCCAUGGGUCCUACUAGUGAGUAAGUGGAAAAAAGACAUUAACUGGACUGUUAAGACCUAUGAAAAGCAACAUACGUGCCUUCAAACAAGGAAAAUUAGGGCAUGUAACUACAAGUUUCUCUCUGAACAGAUUGUUGACACAGUGGAGGCAAACCCAGAAAUACCACUUAGAGCAUUACGUGAGAUGCUUGAGAAGAAAUACCAACUUGGAUUGUCAGACAUGAAAGUUCAUAGGGCGAAAACGAAAGCCCUGGAAUCAAUUAGGGGAGAUUUUGCUGCUCAGUACUCAUGUCUAAGAGACUACUUACAGGAGGUGCAGAGUAGAAAUCCAAACACCACAGUCAAACUUCAAGUGCAAAGUGAACCAUGUUAUGCAUCUGAGACCAGGGUAUUUGAACGAGUAUACAUUUGUCUUGGUCCACUGAAAAGUGGAUUUGCAGCAGGGAAAAGAGAUUUACUAGGGCUUGAUGGUGCAUUCAUGAAGGGUCCAUACCAUGGUAUGAUCCUGACAGCAGUGGUAUGUGCAUAA